GAGCCCUUGGCGGCGCUGCCCGGGGAUGCUAGUCCGAGAGCAAGCAGAGGAACGACGCACCCGAAUCGCGCAUUCACGAGCCUCGGACCCUUUGGAACCCAGAGUACGCCCAACCUCAAAGUCCCAUCCUCCAUGGCUCCCGGAGAGAAGAUCAAAGCCAAAAUCAAGAAGAAUCUGCCCGUGACAGGCCCUCAGGCGCCGACCAUUAAAGAGCUGAUGCGGUGGUACUGCCUCAACACCAACACCCAUGGCUGCCGCCGCAUCGUGGUAUCCCGUGGCCGCCUGCGCCGCCUCCUCUGGAUCGGGUUCACACUGACUGCUGUCGCUCUCAUCCUCUGGCAGUGCGCCCUCCUCGUCUUCUCCUUCUAUACAGUCUCUGUUUCCAUCAAAGUCCGCUUCCAGAAGCUGGAUUUUCCUGCAGUCACCAUCUGCAACAUCAACCCCUACAAGUACAGUGCUGUGCGCCACCUUCUAGCUGACUUGGAACAGGAGACCAGAGAGGCCCUGAAGUCCCUGUAUGGCUUUCCAGAGUCCCGGAAGCGCCGAGAAGCAGAGUCCUGGAGCUCUGACUUGGAGGGAGCACAGCCCAGAUUCUCCCACCGGAUCCCACUGCUGCUCUUCGAUCAGGACGAGAAGGGCAAGGUCAGGGACUUCUUCACAGGGAGGAAGCGGAAAGUCAGCGGGAGCAUCAUUCACAAGGCUUCAAAUGUCAUGCACAUCGAGUCCAAGCAGGUGGUGGGAUUCCAACUGUGCUCAAACGACACCUCUGACUGUGCCACCUACACCUUCAGCUCGGGGAUCAAUGCCAUUCAGGAAUGGUAUAAGCUGCACUACAUGAACAUCAUGGCACAGGUGCCUCUGGAGAAGAAAAUUAACAUGAGCUAUUCUGCCGAGGAGCUGCUGGUGACUUGCUUCUUUGACGGAGUAUCCUGCGAUGCCAGGAAUUUCACCCUUUUCCACCACCCAAUGCAUGGGAAUUGCUACACUUUCAACAACAAAGAAAAUGAGACCAUUCUCAGUACCUCCAUGGGGGGCAGCGAAUAUGGGCUGCAAGUCAUUUUGUACAUAAAUGAAGAGGAAUACAACCCGUUCCUUGUGUCCUCCACGGGAGCUAAAGUGAUUAUCCAUCGGCAGGAUGAGUAUCCCUUUGUUGAAGAUGUCGGAACAGAGAUCGAGACAGCAAUGGUCACCUCUAUAGGAAUGCACCUGACAGAGUCCUUCAAGCUGAGCGAGCCCUACAGUCAGUGCACGGAGGACGGGAGUGACGUGCCAAUCAGGAACAUCUACAAUGCUGCCUACUCGCUCCAGAUCUGCCUUCAUUCAUGCUUCCAGACAAAGAUGGUGGAGAAAUGUGGGUGUGCGCAGUACAGCCAGCCUCUACCUCCCGAAGCCAACUACUGCAACUACCAGCAGCACCCCAACUGGAUGUACUGUUACUACCAACUGCAUCGAGCCUUUGUCCAGGAAGAGCUGGGCUGCCAGUCUGUAUGCAAAGAAGCCUGCAGCUUUAAGGAGUGGACACUAACCACAAGCCUGGCACAAUGGCCAUCCAUGGUUUCGGAGAAGUGGUUGCUGCCCGUUCUCACUUGGGACCAAGGCCGGCAAAUAAACAAAAAGCUCAACAAGACAGACUUGGCCAAACUCUUGAUAUUCUACAAAGACCUGAACCAGAGAUCCAUCAUGGAGAGCCCAGCCAACAGUAUUGAGAUGCUUCUGUCCAACUUUGGUGGCCAGCUGGGCCUGUGGAUGAGCUGCUCUGUUGUCUGCGUCAUUGAGAUCAUCGAGGUUUUCUUCAUCGACUUCUUCUCUAUCAUUGCCCGCCGCCAGUGGCAGAAAGCCAAGGAGUGGUGGGCCCGGAAGCAGGCUCCCCGCUGUCCAGAAGCUCCCCGCAGCCCACAGGGCCAGGACAAUCCAGCCCUGGAUAUAGACGAUGACCUACCCACUUUCAACUCGGCUUUGCACCUGCCUCCAGCCCUAGGAACCCAAGUGCCCGGCACACCGCCCCCCAAAUACAAUACCUUGCGCUUGGAGAGGGCAUUUUCCAACCAGCUCACAGAUACCCAGAUGCUGGAUGAGCUCUGAGGCAGGGUUGAAAAGACAGAUCUAGUCAGGACCACCAGCCAGUGUCUAAGGGCAUGGACUGGGUCCGGGUCCCCCUAGAUACACAGGGAUCCUUCUGCCCCACUCUGGGCUUUUCAGAGACUCCGACCAAAAAGCCUGCUUUAAACCACAAGAUGGGGCCUGGGCAUGUGUAGGAGGACCCAUCUGGCAUGACGCAGCAACACUCACAGCUGUCCAGGAUGAGAUAAAUCCCAGGACCUGAACUCUUAGCACAUCACUAGAGACUGGAGGCUGAGGCAGUGGUGCUCGCCCAAGCAAAGGCCAGAGUGAGGACUGAUGCAGCUCCCCACGGGUCUUGAGGAGGAAGGACUCCUCCAAAGUUCCAGGCUGAGGGUUUCACCCAUACUGACAGCCUGGGCUGGAGCCCAAGGAUAUUGAGUAUCAAGGCUGGACAGCUACUGCCAGAUGCCAAAGAGAGGAGAAAGUGCCAGCCCCGACGAUGGAGCCGUUUGUGAAUAAACUGUUCUUAGUCAUUG